AUGCCGGCAGCGGACGAACCCACCCCAGGACUCGAAACUUCCCUGACGGCCCAGUGGUUGAUAUGCGUCAGCUGCGGGACCCAAUACCCAACCACCUCGCGGUCGAGGCAAAAGACGUGCUUCAUCUGCGAUGAUCCCCGACACUACACGCCGGCGGCCGGCCAGAGCUUCACCACUAUGGCGGCGCUGCGUGCCUCUGGCCAUCGCAACAUCUUUAUGCCGUAUGAGCCGUCCUACCCGGGCCCAAUGUCUCCGCCGUCUCCCACCACCUCCGUAGCGUCGUCUGCGGUGGAUUCCGGCUCAUCGCCGACUUUGUCUCCGUCAGAUCUCUUGAUCAACCGCCGUCACCCAGUAAUGAGGCCCGACAGUUGGAAGCGACUCGGGGUUUCUUACAGUAGCAUAUACAAUAAUUCCAAGGCCAAGAGGUCGUCUUCGCAGCCCCCAAAACAGGAGAGAUAUCACCCGCAUGGUGCAAUGAUAAGUAUCGUGACGAAGCCCAUAUUCGCCAUGGGUCAGCGCGCCAUUCUUGUUCACACACCCGCCGGCAACAUCCUCUGGGACUGCAUCACGCUGCUCGACGACGACACGGUGGAACGCAUACGGGCCCUCGGUGGCCUAGCCGCCAUCGUCAUCUCGCAUCCUCACUUUUACACCGCGCACGCCGAAUGGGCCGCCGCGUUUGGCUGCCCCGUGUUCCUGGCCGCCGAGGAUAGGAAAUGGGUCGCACUUGAGAUACCGUUGCACAUCUUCCUGGGCAACAGCAAGACAGACCAGAUCAUGCGCCGCUCCCACGAAAUCAUCAUCGAGGGCGUCCGCUCCGGUUUCAUCGCCGUCAAGCUGGGGGGACACUUCCCAGGGAGCAUGGUCGGCCACUUUGACGGCCGCCUGCUUAUCUCCGACACCCUGCUCACGACCCCCGCCGGUCUGGGCGGGUGGGAGGCCGACGCCGCGGGAAACACUAGGUCGAGGCCGCCGGGACUCAACACCUUUGCCUUUAUGUGGAGUGGCCCCAACUCGAUCCCGCUAUCCGCAGAUGAUAUUACCAGGAUCUGGGAAGUACUCAAGAGGUACGACUUCAAGAGUACGCACGGUGCCUUCCUCGGGGAGGAUAUCGAGGAUGCCGCCGGAAUCAAGAGGCGGGUUUUGGAGAGCAUUCAGAUCCAGAUCAAACGUAUGGGCUGGACUUAUAACCCGCUCUUGACCGAGUCUGCACCCUCCCAAAAUUAAUGUAUGAUAAG